GUCAUGAAUCUAGAUCCUUCAAAGUUAUCAUUCACGGCAGGCUUCAGUGUCACAGUGUGUUAUUAAAUUCGGGGUCUAUUUAAAGGCAGUCACAAUGGAAGAUCUACCAGGGUCUUUUGAUGUUGUUAUUCUUGGAACGGGUCUUCCCGAGAGCAUUAUCGCUGCUGCUUCAUCCAGACUGGAUAAAUCGGUUUUGCAGCUGGAUUCAAAUGCGUUUUAUGGCCGCGAUUGGGCAGGAUUUCGAUUAGACGAUUUUCGAGAUCAUCUUCGUGCAUCUAGUUCUGGAGGAAAUAGUAGUGCUUUAAGAAAUCCAUAUGAAAUUCCGGAAGGCCUGAUCAAAAGUGAUGAGAUUAUUCUGGAAGUGCCCUGUCAGGCACAAUCUGUAACUAACUUUGAAGAAGUCAUUUAUGCGAAAAAUGAGACAGUGGAGCCGGAUAUUGCACCACAAUCCCGCCAGGAACGCUACAGAAGACUGUCGCAACGACAUCCCUCUGGUUCAUCCAUUGGUAGCAACGGAAGUCAGAGUGAGUCCAGUUCUUCCGUGUCGACCCCGACCGUGUCUCCGUAUAAGCCGAUCACAUUUGAAGAUGUUCUCAGUCAGACACGUAAAUUCUCACUGGAUAUUGCUCCCAAAUUAUUCUGGACCAAUGAUGCCUUCGUGAAUUUAUUGACCAAUUCCAAUAUUAGCCGUUAUACUGCUUUUCGGCUGGUGCAGGUGAUUGCUACAGCAGUGGAGGGUCGAAUUGUUGAGGUGCCAUUCUCGAGAUCUGGUAUAUUUAACUAUGCGGAUCUGGAUGCCAGUGAUAAGCGAAGAGUUAUGAAGUUUAUGCAGACCUGCACGCAGUCGGAAGGUCACGAAAAGGAAUUAGAAGCGGCUAAAAGCCUUUCCAUAAAAGAAUAUCUUUCCAAGCUAAAGAUUCCUCUCCAUACUGUCCAUUCUAUUGUGAAUGCAAUUGCGUUAUGUUCCACCCAAACCCCUGCAGUAGAGGCGUUUUCGCGGGUCAGACGAUUUCUUGCCGCUUGUGGCCGAUACUCUUCCGAUUCCAGCCCAUUCUUAUUUCCUAUAUACGGCUGUGGAGAAUAUCCACAGUAUUUUGCCCGAAUUAGUGCCGUUUUUGGUGGGAUUCAGUACCUUAAACGAGGCAUCGAUUUCAUUGUGAUGGACUCCAGUCUGAAACAAGUGAAUGCUAUUAUUUCCGAGAAGAAGAGAAUUGACUGCCAGAGCUUGGUAAUACCAGUGGAAUAUAUGCCCGCACAGCUGAAAAUUCUGGGACUGUUGACGAAGCAGAUUUCUCGCGCGGUCUUGAUAACAAGUGGCUCACUUUUUGUGCGGCACAAGCCUGAUGCCGCUUUCAUGCGCCUCGGGAAGGAGGAUGAUGAACUGGGUGUGAUAAUUGUAGAGGGAUCGCCGAAUACCGAAAUUUGUCCGAAAGAUUACCACGUUGUUUAUAUGUGGAUGAAGUCCAUAGCAACCGCCCGCGAGGAUCUGGAACCGUAUGUCAAAAGAUUCUUUGAGCCCAUGCGUGCAGAUUACUUUCCCAUCGACAAGCCUAAAGUUCUGUGGGUUUGCUACUAUAAUCAUGCUCAAACUAUCGUUAAUACAACCGAUUCGGCCCAGCACCCGAAGAAUAUUCGGUUUGUCAGUGGUCCGGAUGGGUCCCUUGAUUAUGAAAGUGUUCUCGAAGAGGCUACCGGUGUAUUUCGGAGUAUUUAUCCGGACGUUCCCUUUUUACCUCGCGUACCGGAUCCAGAGGAUGUAAUACUAGAUGGUGGUGAAAAUGCAGAGUCCGGUGAUAAAUCCAUAACGGUACCCAAUGGCAUGUGAAUAUCGGUGAGACUAAAUGUGGAUAUUGUGGGAAUGUCGCAUUAAUGACACUGCGAUUCUGUGGUUGUGUGUGAUAAACGUGAAUUAUGAAUGACGAAGUUAUCCGUUUAUUGUUGCAUCACAUCGAUGACUGUUUAUAACUGUGAGUUGAAUUUGUUUCCAAUUAUAAUAAUCGAUUUUUCCCUAAUCUGUCUUUUCUCUUUGCAUACGUACCUAUAUUGUAAAUUUGAUUAUGUACUAUAUAUUUGAGAAUUUCAUAAUAUAUUAGGAUUUCUGUAAUGUAUUUCCGUUUUCAUGCUUAUUGUGAUGCCCAAUUUGAACAUCACUAACUAUGCAUUACCGUUGUGGUUUGCACAAAAACACAGAAUGAUUUUAUUUCUGGUUGAAAUGGUAAAGAGAUUCAACUGGGAAAUGCUGCAUCGAUACAUGGAACAUCGAAGAAUGUGAAUGACGCAGAUGAUGAGUUACAUGUGUAGAAAUAAAAUGAGAUUGUGUGGCUUUUUACUCGCUUGCAGAAACUUUACGAUAGUUUCAAAAAUAACGAAGCUGU